CUCUCCGUGUUGACUCGCGUGAGCCGAGCGACGCUCCGUCGGCCCUGGGGGCAUCUGUUAAACUCCGAAGGACCACAGCGACCUGGAGGAGGUGACGUCACGCAUGGGCGACAUGGCGGAGCGGCUGGAGGAGGAGGAGGCGGUGCCUUGCAAGCCCUCGCAGCCGGACUCAGUGGCUGUGGACCACACUCAAAGCGAUCCCAUGGAGAUGGUCCCUCUGAAGCUGGAGGAGCCCAUGGAGGUUUCUCUCCCUCAGCCAGACUGUGCAGCCACGCGGGAGGGCACCGAUGUCGUCUCGGCUUCAUCUUCCGCAGACAGGCACGUUUCCAUCCAGGAGUCUCUGGAGGAUCUGGAGAACCUCAUCCAGGUGGACACUGGAGGUAAGAGAGCCUGCCCACUCUGCUCAGAGGAGAAGUUCAGACCAACGUACAACCACAAGCUCAAGCGUCACCUACAGAAUCUGCAUUGGAAAGUGUCCCUGGAGUGCAAUGGCCUGCGCAUGUGCAUCUGCCACCUGCCGUGUCGCCUGCACAAGCAGUCCCAUGGAAUUGAGCCAGUGAACAGUUCCCCGCCAACUUGUGUCCAACCCCAAGCCCAGGGGAAGAUGGCUGCGCACUACCACUGCGCCGUGUGCUCCGUCACGAUCAUCCGCAAGACCGACAUGCUCAGCCACCUGCACCGGCACUACAAGCGGGGCGAGACGUACGGCAACUACAGGGAAGCGGUGAGCUCUGUCGCGGGGAGCGUGCUGACCUCCCCGCCCUGCGGCCGCGUGCUGAGCGAGGCCGACACGAGCGUGCACGUGUUCCCCAAUCACAACGUUCCGCAGAAGUCCGACUCCUUCUUCAACCCACGCAUGAAGCCCAACCGGCAGCUGGUGUUCUGUGCCCUGGCAGCACUGACGCAGGAGAGGAAGCCCCUGGCGUGCCUCGAUGCGUUUGGAGCCACAGGGAUCAUGGGGCUGCAGUGGGCCAAGCACCUGGGCAACACGGUGCGUGUCACCAUCAACGACGUGUCGGAGGCGUCCGUGCGCAUGAUGGAGGAGAACUGCCGCCUCAACGGGAUGACGGUGACGGAGUCAUGGCCGGACAGUGACGAGGGUGGCGAGGAGGUAGAGGGCGAGGCCGAGGACCGGCUGGUGGAGGUGACGCAGUACGAUGCCAACGUGCUCAUGCACCUACGUGCCUUUGACUACAUCCACCUGGACCCAUUUGGCACGGCGGUGGACUACCUGGACGCCGCGUUCCGCAACGUCCGCAACCACGGUAUCGUGUCCAUCACCAGCACGGACCUGAGCUCGCUCUACUGCAAAGUGCCUAACGUGGCCCUGCGCCACUAUCACUGCAACCUGGUGCGCACAGAGUACUACCACGAGCUCGCCGCACGCAUGGUGCUCACGGCCGCCGUCAGGGCGGCCGGUCGCUGCAACAAGGGCGUGGAGGUGCUGCUGGCCGUGGCGCUGGAGCACUUUGUGCUGGUGGUGGUGCGGGUGCUGCGCGGGCCCGGCCACGCGGACGAAUGCGCGCGCCGCCUGCGCCGCCUCGUGCACUGCCAGUGGUGCGAGGAGCGCGUCUUCGCUCCCGACUCGCACAUGCUGAGCGAAAACCCCUACAGUGUGCUGCCCUGCGACUGCCACAACAGCAUGCCAGGACGCACCGCCAUUGAGCUGGGCCCGAUGUGGUCCGGGAGUCUAUUCAACAGCGGCUUCCUGCGGCGGAUGCUGUUCGAGGCGGUGCAGCACGAGGUCGAGGAUGUGCAGCCCCUGCUCAAGACGCUCGCAGGCGAAGCGGAGUGCACCAACGUCAGGAAGUACGCCCUCACCAACGUGGCCGCCCACACCAGCCAAGAGGAGAGCGGCGUGGUGAUCAGCACGACGUUGUCGGCACGGCCGACUUCCGAGGGCCUCGUCCACUCCUCCACCGACUCCAUGGGUAAGAGACGGUCGGAGGAAGCGGCCGGAGGUGCCGGCAAGAGGCAGCGCGGAGACGGAGGCUUCUCCACUGAACAUCCGCCGUUCUACUACAGCAUCCACCGGCACAGCAUCAAGGGCAUGAACAUGCCAAAGCUCAACCACUUUCUGGCCAGCCUGACGGAAGCCGGCUUCCGGGCGAGUCGCACGCACUUCGACCCGACCAGCAUCCGCACGGACGCCACGCUGCCGCAGAUCAACGCCGUGCUGGUGCAGCACAGCCGGCCCACGCACAGCCAGCACGCGCAUGGCCUGCCCGUGCCCCCCGUGCAGCCCGCCAGCAGUUAGCCCGCGCAAGUGAGCAAGCACGGCUGGUGUACGCACGCCAUGUGCGGGGUAAUAGAUGGGCAAGAGUGUUUGGCAAUGCAGCCGGCCGUGCGCAUGCAGCCUGUGCGCAGCCUAGGAGGGAUACACAGAGCAGAUAACGCACACGUGUGCAUGCACAGCGAGCAUGCCGUAGAGGAUAUGCAGUGCACUCGCAAAGCUGGGAGCACGCAGCUCGUCAUUUUACACGGAGAGCCAGCGUGCAACUACGUCAAGAGACGUAAACGAUCACUAUGCAGCUACCGUUUAUAGACAAACAACACAGUCGCAGCAUAACCAUACCUAGGUGUGUAGUUAAACACAGACAAACCUAUCCUGUUUAUCCUAUGGGACUAUCGGGGAAAAGUCAUUUUUGUGAUCAUCUCAUUAGGACCAGUAUGGAACAUGAGGAGGAGGGCAUAGCCAGCAGCAACACUGUCGUUUAUUUAUCAAGAAAAACUUCAAAAAACCUUAAGAGAGAGACCCCUUUUUAGAAGUGUCCCCCUGCAUUGGGACAUUGGGAUAAUUUCAUCAAGGAGUGUUUAAUGCUCCUGGCUAGAGUUACAUCCCCACUGGCGGCACUGACAAACACCCCACCACGUACUCAUUCUUUGGACAAGUUAGAGACUCAGGCCAGGAUAAAAUAUCAAUUUCCAGUGGUGUUUUAAUUUGCUAAGAAUUUAACCUGAGUUUCUUAGACUGUAGCUAUUAUGAGCUAUUCGUGUGCUCCCAAUCCCAAAACGUGUAACAUUUGUUACAUGCGUCCAUUCGCACAAUCAUAACGCGCAACUCUUAACAGCAUCACCACCUCUGUAACGUUUAUGUUGAUUGGUGCAACUAUUGUAGCAUCGCCGUCUUUUUACAAAAUGUGUAGUAUUUAGAGAGAAAAUAAGUCCGGUUCAUUCAGGUAAAUGUAGCGUUUAUUCUGACACAUUGUUGUUUUACAUUGUUUUAGAAAUGCAUCCACACCGAGUAACAGACGCCUUGACAAACGUGCGUUGCUAACGUGACCAAUAAUAGUCCAAUACACCUAACCGUGGGUGACCCUUAUGUCGGCCUUUGGAAACGAAACUGGAUAAAACGUGAUACGUUGGUUAUAUGUAAUUUAUUUUGCACACAACAUGGUGGGUGAAGUGUUGUUUUAAAAAAAAAAAUAUAACCACUUUGCGGUGGGUGAUAGUGGUUUCCACAUCUCCCAUUGUGAUUGGAGGAUAUGAAACACGCAUACGCUCAUGAUCACAAAUGGGCAGGAGUCGGCAGAGUUUAUUUUUCUGUCGACCUUGUCUAUUGCCCCUUCAGUUGGAGGGCGAGCGUUGUGGAAAUCCAUCCUGCUGUCAACAUUGACAUUUUUUUGUACAAAUCUUUGAUGAGGCUGCACGUUGACAAUGCACGAUUAACAAAUAUACUAAGUCAUGUCAGAUUUAGCAGCUGAGCCGGAGUGUCUUGGUGUUUUUAUGAUUUAACGUUUUGCUCUGGUUAAGUGUACGUUGUUUUCUACUGACUGAGACGAAUAUGAAUGUAACAAGUUUUUCUUUUUAUUUCGGUUGCAACGUGUUUGAAGCUUGGCACAUUGUAAUAUUAAUGGACAAGCGCUAAACAUAGUAAACUGUUUGCAUGAUUAUCAGCAUUCGGUGCAUCAAUACAAAUUUUCUAAAAAGGAGAAAUCGAAGUAAAAUGAGCGAAGUAGCCAUGAAAACUGAAACCACCUCAUUGUGGGCAAAUUCUCUUGGGGUUACGAUUAGCACGGUUAGCUACGUACGCUGCGAAAUAAGUUCACCAUACAUACAUUGACUUAUGGCCAUAGUAAAAGUCCUUUAUUGCUUUCACGUAAGCACGUGUGAAAACAAAACAUGCACAGAUAUAUUCAGUGAGGAUCGAUGCUCGUUGAGUGACCAGAGAAAUUAUAUUGAAGCCUCGAGUGAGCAGAGUUAACGCGCUUACGUUUCUUCAUUAUUAGCCUGGAUCAAUCCGCUGCUGGAUAAAGGCACGUGAACUGAAUUUAAUUAAUUGUUCCAGCUCCUCGGUGUACGUUUUUCUCGGACGUUUCCAUCCCUUAGCUGCCACUUCAUUAUCAUUCUUGACCGUCGUUCAUCAUCUUUUCUAGCGACGCGUUCUGCCCUCGGAACAAUGUUGAUUUUUUUUGUCGAUGAUGAAACCUGUGAAUACAUAGUAGGUGCACACACGGGCUUGGUGCUGAGCCAGUAGCAGCCAGCAGUUGUGUAAAGGUAAUACAAUUAAAGUACAUUCGAACUA